UUGGGUCAGUGAGAGAGGGAAGAGCUUGUGUUAGAGGAGGAGAGAGGCACGGGGAUGGGAUAGGGGAGAUGGACUCACAAAUGGAGUAGGAGACCCUCAAAGCGGCCCUACCAGUAACAAGUGAGCACUUGAGUAAUCAGUGGUGAUUCAGGGAGACAUACAUCUUUCAACAAUGGCCAGCCUCCCCAAGGAGCCUCCAGAGGACCCCAAGAAACUAAGCUUUUGGAUGCCUGGAAAUUAUGUUCGGACCGUGCACAGAACUGACCAGUCCUUCCAGGCCUCUAAUGAUCUAGUGGCCUGCUUUCUUGAAAGAGCUAAAGUGGAGAGACAGUAUGCACAGCAGCUGAGCCAGUGGAGCACCAAGUGGAAGACAAUAGUAGACUCUAGGCCGCUGUACGGUUCGCUGAUGAAGGCGUGGCAGAGUUUCUUCACCUCCACUGAGCGCCUGUCUGCCCUGCACUCGUCCAUCUCACAGUCCCUUGUGUCUGAGGAGGGGGAGCGGAUCAAGACUUGGCAGAAAGAGACCUUCCCCAAAAAGAUCUUCUGUGGCUUCAAGGAGAGCCAUGAGAACAAAUCUAGCUUUUCACGUGCACAGAAACCCUGGACCAAAAAGCUUGUCAAGCUGGAGAAGGCCCGAGAGGCGUACCACAAGGUCUGUCAGAGGGAACAAGCUGCCAUAGACAAAGAGAAGCAGGCCAACGACAACCCUGAGCUGAGUCCGGAGAAGAAGCAGAAGUUCACCGACACCAAAGUCAAGCUGACAGAGGAGAAAGAAAAGAUGAGGGAACACUAUGAAAAAGUGCUUGAGGAUGUUACCAGCUACACCCCCCGCUACAUGGAGGAGAUGGAGGCCAUAUUUGAGCAGUCACAGGAGGAGGAGAGGAAGAGGAUCAGCUUUUUAAAACAGGCCUUCCUUUCCAUUCACAGACAUCUGGACAUCACCAACAAUGAGAGUGUGAAGGCAGUGUACAGUGAGCUGCAUGACACUCUCAUGGCCAUCAGCGAUCAGGACGACCUCAAAUGGUGGAAGAACAAUCAUGGCCCAGGCAUGCCCACAGACUGGCCAAAGAUCCAGGAAUGGGUUCCACCAGUUAAAAAGUUGAAGCGAAAAAAAAGAGACCAGAAAAGAAAAGACUCCCGUCCGGUGAUGAUUGGAGGAGUGAAGGUGCGAGCAUUGUAUGACUACACAGGAGAGGAGGGCGAUGAGCUUUCCUUUAAAGCAGGUGAAGUGUUCCUGAAGGUGGAGGAAGAGGAUGACCAGGGCUGGUGUCGAGGCGUGCUCAGUGGAGGGAAAGAGGGCUUCUAUCCAGCCAAUUAUGUAGAAGUUGUGGAGUGACAUCUUUUUGUCAAAAACACUCCUUUUUCACUACAUUUGAAGAAUGAAGUCUACCACUUUGUCCCGGAGACUGUAACAAUAUAACACCAGAAGCCUUAAUAUUUGUAUCUAUGGGCACUUCUGCAAUAUUUCUAAAUAUAAUUAACUUAUCAAGAAUGUCGGGCUGUGUGUAUAAAAUGUACUGUAUUUGUGAUAAGUGUUUGCAUGUGAGCAAAUUCUGGGAAAUGAAAUCAUGAAUUUAUUUAUUUACCUGAAAACUAAAUGGCCUAAAGAGAAGUGUUUAUCAAGACCAGGUUUACAAUGUGUGUGCAAUCCAGUUAUUGUUUACUGAAUGUAACAAGAUGAUUCUUUUUAAAGGGACAUAUUUUCAAAAUAAAAGUUUGUUUGUUAUUGUAUGACUAUACAA